ACAAUGUAAAUCUCUAACACAAUAAAAUAAAUCGCAUAAUAAGCAAGUCAGACAAAAAGGGUUUACUAACUGUCUUGCCUUCUUUUUAUAUAAUUUGUAGCAGUCCAAGAGUCGAAUUUGGAAUAAAUCUUCAGGGAAUUAUGAUGUCGUCACGGAAAAUCAGAUCAAUGGAUUCGCUCAAAGACAUAAUAAAAGCCUUGAUCGCUAACCAUAUGGGAUCGUGCCUCAUGAGUAUCUGCGGGAAAGUUCGAGAAUAUUACGCGUUUACAAGAUGUUGCGGUUAAUUUUUUUUACAAUCAUCUUAACAAUAAUUUUCCCGAAUAUUAUAGAAUAUCAUACUGCGCAUUUAUUGGGAUGCAAAUACAAUCCCUCAAUCCCCACAACCAUACUAUGCGGAAUUUAUCAUGUAAAUAUAUUGUGCUUAAUGCAUCUUUGCUUUAUUGAUUGUAAAUAAAAAGUACAUAUCAGAUCUUAGAUCGUGAUA